AUGGAUGAGGACCCCGACAAAGUCCCUCGACGCAAGAGGGUAUCAAGAGCAUGCGACCGGUGUCGCAGUAAGAAGGACAAAUGUGAUGGCGUUCGUCCCACCUGUUCCGCCUGCCAGGCAUCGGGCCAGACCUGCUCAUAUGACCCCCAUGCGAAGAAACGGGGAUUGCCCGAGGGCUACGUUCGAGGCUUGGAAAAGCUGUGGGCGCUGGCACUGUGCAAUAUCGAGGGCUUCGAAGACACCAUGCUGUCUAUGCUGGGCACCACGCCGGAUUCCGCCAAUCGCCGAGGACAGCUGAUGUCGGUGUGGACGGAUGGCGGUGCCUCCGACAGCUUGCAUGAAUCGUGGAAGACCAGCGGCUUGUACGGGGAGCUGGAGAAGAUGCUGUCCAGCUCAGAGGCACCUCGGGUGCCGCUCGCGGGGAAGCGAUCGCGCAAUCAACAGGACGACGACGGCAAAUGGGGAUUCCGCGUUGCGAGAGGUUCAACUCCGCUAGGCCCCGAAGCUCCGCGCGUGCUGGAGCCAUCGAGCCGCAUGUCUCCCGGUGCUAAGAGAGCCCGUCUGGGCUCAAAUGGCCGGGGGGUCGCGCAUUCAACAAGCAGCAGCCUUCACACGUUGCAACUGCCGCCUCAAACCUCACAUCUCCUAGAUAUCUAUUUCGCCACCACUCACUCAUGGUUCCCUAUUGUCGCCAAACAUAACAUCCUCCGCGCCUCCUACCUCUACGCCAACGCCCCCUUCUCUGUCGCGACAUCCUCUCCCGGGUCCGGGGACCACGCUGCCUUGUGGGCCAUUCUGAGCUACACCAUUACCCAAUCGCAAACCAACUCACAGAUCAGUCCUACUGGAGUCCUCUCGCUCGUGAAGGAAUACUAUGCCGUUGCCCGAAACCUUAUACCAUCGGAGGGGGAACGCUACGAGCUAGGGCAUAUUCAGGCAUUGUUGCUCCUGACUCUGGUAAAUAUGGGUCUCGAGGAUUGGAACCCCGCUUGGCUUCUUUGUGGUCAAGCGCACCAUAUAGCCGUCGCUUUGGGGUUGGGUGCCUUUUCGGACACUCAGCGGUCUGACGAAUGGAAACAGGGCAAGGCAGUCUUCUUGGGAUGCUUUGUUGUCGAUUCGUUGCUCUCUUUUCGCCUAUCUCGGAGUCCCUGCAUGCGUUCGAGAGACCUGGGAGCGGUUGGUCUCUUAGAAGAGGAUGGAUUGGAGGAAUGGAAUUCUUGGUCGGAUCUCACCGGCCCUGCCCAGGGCAAGAACCCACCGCACCGAGGACCACUGCUGGCUCUAAGCUGCUUUAAUCGCCUAGUCGAACUGGCUAGCGUUCUGAAUGAUGCCCGAAGCAGCGCUACUACUGGCCCGGAAGCGGCCGCGCUCGCGCAACAGCUGGUGGUGGAUUUGAAGCAGUGGGAUGACUGUUUGCCCCUGGGGUGCCGGCUGAUUGGACCGGAGAGUAUCUAUCCAGAGCGGCACUCGGCUCUGCUUCCUCAUCAGAGCUAUCUCGGCCUCGCCUACCUGGCCACCCUCCUUUGGCUCUACUUGCGCAUUGCCCAACAAGAACAGGGCCUGCAUCGACCUCAGCGACCGGCUGUAGAAGGAGCGAAGAAACUCUUAUAUCGGGUGCUGCCCAUAUUGUCGCAACAUUUGGAGAAUUUCCCCAUGUGUGGUCUUCCUCCGCUCUUCGAGUUCAGCCUGCACACGAUUACUACGGAAGCGCUCACCUGUCACAAUACGAUCGAGUCAGACACUUUUCCCUUUACCCGAUGGGCAGAUGCACUGCAUCAAAAGAUGGCCGAGCUCAGUCCAAUGUGGCCAGUCUACAACUCAUUGGUUUCCACCAUAGAACGGUGGCAGCAGUCCAACGAACUUCGCGAGCCCGUAUCAUCCGGAUCUCAAGCAACCAUCGGUCAUAUUCCUCGGGUCGCGCCUCCCAGCCAGCCACCGGCUACCGAUGCCCCUAUGCACCCUCCAAGUGCUGUUCGUGGUGGCCUCGGUUCGAUGGGCAAGAGAGUAUAUGGCUCGUCAGUAAUGGGCAUCAGCAUUCCGGUGGAUAGACAGUACAUGACCCCGAAGGACUCCAUGAUGGAUAUUUUGCCAGACAAGAUACCACCGCGCAGUGGCCCAGACACGAUGUUUCCACAAGGCAGCGCUCACCCGCAGCCGCCAACCCCGGACUCGACCUCGAACGCGAUGAUGGCUGGUAAUAUUCCACCUAGCGAGGGAAUGGGUUUCAACCCAUCCAGCACGGACUACAAUGGUGACAUGGAUGCCAUCUUCAAGGACCUGGCAUAUCUAGACACCACCGAGUGGGCUACCAGCCGCGAGGCGGGAUUGAAAGACUUUGGAUUCUUGGACGACAGCACCUUUCAGGCAUUCUGUCAUGAUCCGGAUCGUCUGGCUGGAUCCCAACCUUUGGUCCAUCCGCCAUCUAUUGCGGAUAUGUGGCCACCACCGCGCUUCUUCCCAGAGAGCUUCCAAGACGUUCCGGACGAGACAAUGGGUGGCGGUUGA